AUGGCACGGGGCGCUGCGAGACCGUCCAAGCCUUUCGGCCAUCGAUGGCGAUCCUCGAGACUGUACAUCAUAGUGAUAGUAUCGGUGGCUCUGUUUUCAGACAACUUCCUCUUCACCUUCAUCAUCCCGAUCCUGCCGGAGAUCCUGGAGAGCCGCCUCCAGCAGCCCGCCGCGCGCAUCCAGGCGCUGACCUCCAUCAUCCUCUCCAUGAACGCCCUGGUCUCGAUCAUCCUCGCACCCGUGACGGGCUACGUGGCGGACAAACUGUCCUCGCGGAAUUGGCUGCUGAUCGCCGCGUGGGUGGUGAAUAUGUUCGGGACGGCGGUGACGGCGUGGUCGACGACACUAACCGGACUCAUCAUCGGCCGCCUCAUCCAGACCGUCGCGGGCUCGGUGAUCUGGAUCGUCGGCAUGGCGAUGCUCGCCAACGCGGCCGGGGCGCGGCACCUGAGCAAGGCGUUCGGGGUCGCGGUCCUGCUGGUCUCCGCGGGCUUGCUGACCGGUCCGGCCGUGUCGGCCGCCCUGUACAAGUUCGUCUCCUACGGUGUCAUGUGGUCGAGCGCGUUCCUCGUCCUGCUGACCGGGCUGGUCCUGCAACUGCUCGUCCUCGAACCGCGCGGGGAUGGAGCGCGCGCCAGUUCCAUCACCGCUCCCAACGACAGGGGCACGCGAGACGAGGAGCAAGACAGCGAGGCCCAGACCCUCGACGCCACCACCGCUCCGCUCCUCCCGUCCAGCCCGGCCGCAGAAGCCCGCUCCUACACAUACCACACAACCACCAACCCCACCACCACCACCGCCGCCGACACCGACCCCCCAAGUCCGGCGGGAAGCAGCACCCCCGAAAAGGCGAACAUCUACUGGCUCAUCCUGCGCAAGAAGCGCGUGGCCGCCGGCCUGCUCGGCGACACGCUGCUGGCCGUCGUCAUCGCGAGCUUCGAGGCCACGAUCCCGCUGCACAUCCGCGAGGUCUUCCGCUGGGACAGCUUCCACGCCGGACUCCUGUUCCUGCUGCUGCAGGCGCCGACGCUGCUCCUGGUGGUGCCCGUCGGCGGGCUCAAGGAUCGGGUCGGGCUGCGGUACCCCGUCUCCCUGGGGUUCGGGCUGCUGGCGCCGUCGCUGGUGCUGCUGGGUCUCCCAGGCCACCAGGGGUUCCUGGGGACGAGCGGGGCCGUGGUGUAUCUGGUGAGCUUGGUGGCGAUUGGGGUGUGGAGGACGUUGAUUCUGGGGUAUGGCGGGGUGGAGGUUCUGAACGGCGCGAACGAGCUCGCCGACGAGAAACCCGGCAUCUUCGGCUCGAACGGCGGCUACUCGCGCACCUUCUCCUUGUCCAAUGUCACCUGGAAGGGGGGCAUGUUCGUCGGCCCCUUGGUCUCCGGGGCGUUGACUGAGGCGGUGGGGUAUUUCUACAUGAAUUUGGUUCUGGGUACGUUUUGUCUACUCUUGGGUUGUGGUCGGUUUCAAUUGGGCCGGAUGCGCUGA